GAGGCUCGGUGCCUCACAGACGAACGUCCCUUCCGGGCCCCUGGCUUUGGGGACUGGGUGGGGCCUGGGCCCCCACCUUCCCGUCACCAGCUCUCCUGUUCCAGGGCUGCUGCUGGGGCCCCGGGCCCUGGGCCUCCUGCUGCUGGCCUCGAUCCACCGGGCCUCGGCCUGUCCCCCUCGCUGUCGCUGUGCUGGCGACCUGGUGGACUGCGGGCACCAGCACCUGACGGCGGCCAGCCUGCCCAGGGCCUUCCCUCCGAGCACCACCGAGGUCAUCCUUCAGGCCAACAACCUCAGCAGCCUGCCCACGGGCCUCUUUGAUGGGUUGCCCCUCCUGCGCCUGGUGCACCUGGGGGCUAACCCCUGGCACUGUGACUGCCGCCUCUUCUACCUGUGGGCCUGGCUGGGGGCACAGCAGAACCGCAGGGCCUACCGUGACCUGCGCUGCUCCGGGCCCCCCCAGCUCCGGGGCCGCCUCCUGCUCUACCUGGGCCCCGAAGAGCUGCAGGCCACCUGCAGGGUGGCGGGCUGCAGCCGGGAGCUGGGGGCCCAGCUAGCCCUGCUCUGCCUGCUCUUGUUCCAAGCCCUGCUGCUGCUUCUGCUGCUGCUCCGCCUGCGGCGCUACCGGGCGCUGACCCACGAGGCGAGGCUCACCACCCAGGAUCUGCUGCUGCAGACCACGCCGCCGGCAGACUAG